AUGAUGGGGUGGUACCCAGGUCACAGUGCCAUUGAGCUGGUACGCUGCCGGAUCAAGGAAAUUCUCGAAGAAGCCGUGGAUGUAGAGCUCGAAGACGAAGUAAACGAAUCAGUAGAUGUUUCUGAUACUGUCCAAGUGGAAGUGCUUGUGGAAAUUGAUGUGCUCGUUGGACUACUUGAUGUGGAAGUGGCCAAGCUUGUCGUCGACGAGCUUGUGCUUGCCGGGGUCGUACCCGAAAGCAUAGUCACCGUGGCAGUUCUUGACGUGGUUGUGCGUGAGGCAGUGAAGGAUGUGCUGCUAGUGGAAGAGGCUACGCCAGUUGUGGAUGUCGCUGUGGCGGUGGUUCCAGAGAGUGAAGUCGCGGAAAUUGCGGUAGAGCUGGCUGUCUCUGACGUCGUUCUGGUGCCUGUUGAAGUUGAGGAUGCUGUGGUGGUGGGUUGGGUUGUGGAUGUCUCGGUGGUCGAGGAAGUUGCUGUGGUGGCCGUGCUAACUGAUGUAGAUGUGCUCGGGGUCAUGGUCGAGGAGUGGCUAGUGGUGGUGGAAGUGGCUGUCCUUGAGACGCUGCUUGUGAUUGUGUCUGUGAAUGUCGAGGAGGCCGAAGUAGAUGUAGGACUUGUGCUUAGGGUGGAAGUGUCCGUGGUGGACGAUGUGCCGGUACUUGCCGAUGUAGUGGAUGUAGACACUGCACCUGCGCCUGUCGUCGUUGUGGUCCGGCUGCGGGACGAGGUCGUUGUAAUGCUGCUCAUGGUGGAGGAACUGACGGUGGAAGUUUCUGAAGAGGUACCACUCAAAGUUGACGAAGCAAAGCUGGUCGUUGUGGUCUCGCUACGGGAAGAAGUGGAUGUACUACUUCUUGUGGAUGUGAUACUGGCUGACGAAGAGGUACUGCUCAAAGUCGGCGAAACAUGGUUUGUAGUGGUCUGGCUGUGGGACGAGGAAGUUGUACUGCUGCUCAUGAGGGUGGAACUGACUGUUGAAGUCGCUGAGGAGGUAGCGCUUAAAGUUGAUGAAACAGAGUAG